AUGGCAUUUUCACUUAACAAACAAUUUUUAUUGACAAUUAUAGUUCUGCAAGGCAUAUACGAGGCACAUGCAAGUAGCAAAUAUUCAAUCUCUUUGAUAUGUUCAAAGGCACCAAAUCCUUCUUUAUGCCUACUAGCUUAUAACUCAGAUCCGCGUUCUGCAAACGCGGAUCUUCGUGGUCUAUGCCAAAUUGCCAUAGACUUUUCAGAGAAGAGCGCUAGACAGACGUUGGAUUUGGUUAAUCAACUCUUGGAAAGUGCCAAAGGGGUCUUGGAAACGAGGUUACAAGCGUGCGCGUUCCACUAUUUGAACUGCGCAAAUUUGUUCAACCAAACUGGAAAAAUUUUACAGUCUGGAGAUUUUAGAAAGACCGUGGAUGGUGGUAAUGGGGCGUUGGCGGAAAGUGCUAAUUGUGACGCGGCGUUUAUAGGCUCACCGCCUAAGGAACCGGUCGAGGUUCGACAGUUUAGCGUGUUAGUGCAACAAUUGGGUGCUGUUGUUGUUCUUACUGCUACAUUCUUAGACCACUAG